UUCCAGGUUUUCCACCUCUCCCUUUCAGUCAAUUUAGUCUCACCUGGCACACCCAAGUCAGUACUCUGCAGUCUGGGAAGGAAACAGGUCUUCUCUGCUGGAGAUAAAGCAAUGGCGUCUGCUGAUCUGAGGAAGGAGCUGGAAUGUUCCUUGUGUCUGGACAUUUAUACAGAUCCUGUGACCCUGAAAUGUGGACACAACUUCUGCCGGGACUGUAUUGGUCGUGUGUUGGAUACACAGGAGAGGUCUGGAGGUUAUUCCUGUCCUGGAUGUAGAGAGAAGUUCCAGGAUCGUCCUGCACUGCAGAGGAACAUAACGCUACGUAACAUAGUGGAGAACUUCCUGUCUGCUCAGCCAGAUCAGGAGGAGUCCGUGGACUUCUGUACUUACUGUAUUCACACUCCUGUACCUGCUGUGAUCUCCUGUCUGCAUUUUGACGAUUCUCUAUGUGACAAUCGCCUGAGAGUCAACAUCAAGUCACCGAAAUAUGUCUUAUGUGACCCCACCACUUCCCUGGAGAACAGGAAAUGCUCCGUCCAUAAGAAGAUCCUGGAGUAUUACUGCACUGAGGACUCCGCCUGUAUCUGUGUGUCCUGCAGGCUGGAAGGAGAACAUCGGGAACACCAGGUGGAGACUCUGCAUGAGGCCUCUGAGAUGAAGAAGAAUAAAUUGGGAAAUGUUCUGCAGAAACUGAUGACAGAGAGGGUGGAGACUGAGAAAAGAGUCCAGAGUCUACAGGAACACAGGAGGAAAGUACAAGGAAAAGCAGAUGAUGAAACAGAGAAAGUUGCUUCCCUGUUUAGAGACCUCAGGAGACGUCUGGAAGACCUGGAGAAGAGAGUCCUGAGUGAGAUCUCCAGACAGGCAGAGCAGGUCUAUCUUUCAAUGUCUGAUUUGAUCCAACAGCUGGAAAUAAAGAAGGAGGAGCUGUCCAGGAAGAUGCGUCACAUUGAGGAGCUGUGUAAUAUGACAGAUCCACUGACUGUCCUACAGGAAUCAGACACAGGUGACUUGUGUGAUACUGAGGAUGGAGAUGAUGACAGAGAGAGACGUGAUAAACUCCAUGAUGGAUGGGAUCUGGAUGUGGCGGGGAUCUCGCACACAUUACACACAGGUUUAUCUGAUAUCAUGUCUGGGGUAAAUGUAGAGAAAUGUACAGGAAAACAUGUCUAUCCACAUUCUACUACAGAGGGCAAAGUUCUCAUCAAUUCUGAACCAUCCAGGAAACGCCUUAAACACUACCUCGCCAUACAACGAUCGUACCACCAGGUUGCAGGACCAAAUAUUGGGGCUGUACAGCAAACAUCAGGGGUUACAGACAUAUUAUUGGAUGUAAGCACAGCUAGUAAUUAUCUACAUAUAUCAGAUGACCGUAAAACCGCAUCCUUCUCAUCAUCGCAUCAGAAUCUCUUAGAAACACCAGAGAGAUUUCAGUGUCCUCAGGUGAUGAGCAGUCAGAGUUUCUCCUCAGGGAGACAUUGCUGGGAAGUGGAUGUUGGUGGGUCAGAGUACUGGAUAGUUGGGAUGUGUUACCCCAGUAUAGGCAGGAGAGGGGAUCAGUCAUGGCUUGGAUGGAAUAUGAAAUCCUGGGGUUUGGUAAGAGGAAAUAAUAAGUACUUGGUGAUACAUGACAGGAAGAAGAUCACCUUACCCAGCAUAGUCUCCAGUAACAGAGUCGGGAUAGAUCUGGAUUAUGAAGUCGGGCGGAUCUCCUUUUAUGAUCUGUGUGACCCAAUCCGACAUCUCCACACCUUCACCACCACUUUCACUGAGCCCCUCCAUGCUGGGUUAUGGGUAUGGGAAGGUUGUUUAAAGAUAUCUGGGGGGAAGUCAGAUGUGAGAAAUCUGCCCAGAGACUGGUGACAUCGCCAGGUGAAGAAUCUGGUUGGCUGAGUAUUUCACCAAUCGGAGAAAGCGGUGGAAAAAAACCACCAUUGCUUAUUUAUGUAUACACCUGCAGGCUCCAGGGCCAUCUUCAUCAUCACUUCACCACCUAGUGUGUUACUAACCAGGAACAAGCAUGCAGGAGGUCACAAUUUUCAGGCUUUACUGGCUUCAUUUGUGUUCCAUGUCGGUGACCGACAAGGCGGUGUAGCCAGGAUCAAAAUGACAGCCCUGGAGACUGAACCUUUACAAUGUAUCUCUAGCUAAAAUGUGUUGUGUGUGUGUGUGGGUUUUUUUUUUUUUUUCAGGUUUGGAUGGAGUGAAGGAUUAGAACCUCUGUCAUCUUUUUUUUGCUAUCCUGGGCUCUGUCAUAGAAAGGCUGACAAUGGUUUACCAGACAGGAAGUUAGAACUAUCUGACACAGAACAAUGCUUUUUUCUCAAAUGUGGGCUAAAACCCCUGUUGAAUAUUUUCCUUAACUUCCUGUCUAGUAAAACAUUGUCCCCAGGACAGGAAGUGAUGGGAAAACCAAGGUAACAGUUAAAGUGUUUUUUUUUUU